AUGGCCACCACACCUCCCAAUUUGAUUGUGCGCUCGACUAUCUCAAAGCCGACGACAACCAGACGACAACUUGCGGGUCAUUCCUUCGACAUCUUUUCCUUGCCCGCUGCUCAGAGAAGAACCGACAUCAUGUCUUCGGAACAAGGACACCGCCGUGAGUGCGCCCUUUACAAUCACCGUGUAUGGGGACGCCACCUGAGCUACCAGCGCUCCAAGCACGCCACCAACCCCAACACCUCCCUGGUGAAGAUUGAGGGCGUUGACGACCCUAAGGCCGCCAGCUUCUACCUUGGCAAGAAGGUCGCUUUCGUUUACCGUGCCAAGCGUGAGGUCCGCGGCUCCAACAUCCGGGUGAUCUGGGGCAAGGUCACCCGCCCUCACGGCAACUCCGGUGUUGUUCGCGCCAAGUUCCGCAACAACCUCCCCCCCCAAGUCCUUCGGUGCUACCGUCCGCGUCAUGCUCUACCCCUCCAACAUCUAAACGGCUUCUCUGUAUCUAGUGGGCGAUUCUCUUUCUCCCUUUCGUGCAGACGGCGGCCGGCCAGGCAAGGAAAAGUCGACGGAAUCGGCAAAAAGCCGAGAUGUUGUUUGGAUUGGGAGUUGGCGGUUUGA